AUGAGUGAUAAACCAGCAUCAGUCAGUGCUGCUCUAGAGCCUAAAAUCAGUGUAGUUCAAAAGAAAAAGAGGACUACAUCUGAAGACUCGAAAAUGGCUAAUAAUGGCCAAAGUAGUCCUAUACCGUCCAUAUCUGCUGCUACAGGUGCAGGACCAACUGCAAAUGACAUGGGAUUGCAUCUGAAUCGAGGAACUGUCAGAGGAUUUGGAACAUUGUUUAGGAGGUCUGAGAAGCCGAUAUUGGAUGUUGCUAGUGGGACGCUGCAUGCUACUACGAAGAGAUCUAAAGGACGAACGGGAGUUGCCAGGGCCUUUGCUUCUCCCAGUUCUGACUCUGGAACUGAGAGCAUAGAUUCAUCAGAUGGAGGAGAUGAUUUAGACGAAUCUGAUUCUGACUCGGACACUGUAUCAAUAUACUCGACAACACACGGCAAAGCAGCAAAACCCGUCCAAGUGUUUGUUCACUGGAAUAGCGCUUGGUCGACCAUACGACUGACAUGCAUGUCAACGGUAUCCGAUGCUAUAAAAGCUAUGCUAGUAGAAGUGACACAUUCUGCUGGAACAGAAGCAGACGAUCCAAGUUUAUAUCGGCUAUGUAAACUCGAUCGAAAUUCACCUGGUCAGAGGACAUGGUUGAAUCCUGGUCAGACGCUUUUGCAGCUCAAGAUUAGUGAUGGUGAUGAAUUACGACUACGUCUCGUAUCACAUAACGAGAAAAUGGUGCUGACGAUUCCACCAUCUUCGACCAAGCACACGUUCGAAUAUAAUUUUGAUUUGACAAUCAAGGAUGCAGUCGCCAACCUGCUUAAAGAUCAUUUGCCAACCGAGGAAGGACGAUAUGGAUUAUAUUAUCCUCGGUUUGGAAUAUGGUUGGAUGAUACCAAGGCCUUGUUUCAGUAUGAUAUUGUUCAAGAGAUUCCGGUGGAAUUACGUGCACUAGCAGCAGAAUUCCUAAUGAGAAUUCAAGUGCCAGAAUUUGAUACCAAGUUUGGAAUUAAGGUGCUGCCAACUCUGAGAGUUUCUGACGUCACUGCUAUGAUCCAUUACAAUCUCAACAACCGUAAACUGGUAUUGGGACAUCCCGGUGGUCGAUAUGGAUUGUACAUACCUUCUAGUAGUCGUUGGAUGGAGGAGAUCAAAACCUUAGAUCAAUAUGAGGCCGUUAAGACAGAGGACAUUCACUACAAAUUACAAUACCAAACCUUCACAGUAACAUCGUCAGACGGUGCCAUCCAGAAAUUUAUAGUCGGAUCCACGACAUUAGUAGAACACGUACUCGAAAUGCUGAGUGUGAACUCGACAAAUUCGUUCGAAGACACGUUUGGUCUAUACACGUAUUACGGUGAACGACUCAAAGACAAGGAUAGCAUAUGGACGAUACUGAAAGACAUGGGAAUAGAGCAAGACGUUAUCUAUUACAGGCCGCUUGCUCAGAAGAUAUGUGUCUGUACUUCUAUCGAUGCAGAGGGUCAUGUUGAAAUGGACGUGGACUUUUCAAAGCCUUUGAAGGAAUUACUGCCCUUCUUUUGUCGAAGAUUUGGUGUGCGGAUGGUUGAAUGUGGAGGCUGUAAAGAUGAGAACGGUGGUGUAUUGGACAGUGAAAAAUCACUGAAUGCUUCUCGUGUGAGUCAUGCUUCUACAAUCAUGAUUAUCAAGAAGCCCCCGAGUUCCAUUCUGGAAUCACCUGUAUCAGCCGUAUCAGCACACUCAGCUGCAUCUGCAGUAUCGACUCUGGUCGAUGGUGGUGCUUCGGAUCUGAAUAUCUGGGAAGAAAGAGAAGGAAAUGACAUGUUGCAGUACAUUAUGAAUAAUCAAGAUCCACCUAUACCUGUUGUAUCGGCUGGUACGCUCAACAAGUUGGUGGUUCAGUUGACGAAUGAGAAGGGUGAAGGGUCUACUCAAUAUCUGGACUUUGUCAAGGCAUUCCUAUUGACCUAUCAAUCUUUUACGAAUGCUUUUGUGUUGCUACGGAAACUGAUUGAGAGAUAUCACGUUCCUCGACAAGGAGCAAUGACACAACGAGAAUUCGAAAAGUUCAGAUUAACAGUACAACUACGAGUCUGUAACGUCUUCUUACAAUGGACAAGAAAGUACACGUCUGAUUUCAUGGAUCCCAAGAAUGGAGAUGCUCUCAUAGCCGAGAUGACCAGGUUUACGGAAACGGUCUUGGCUACUGAUCAUCCUACUAUGGCCAAGCAGAUAAGGAAAAGUAUUACUAAGCUCAAGGAAGGCCCUGAAGCUUUAACAGUUACUCUUACCAAGAUGAUGGAAGCACCACCACCAUCUAAGCCACCAAAGCAAGGACGGGAUGGUGUCGUGCACAUAUUUGCCUAUCCUGCUGAAGAAAUAGCAAGGCAGUUGACGAUUAUUGAGUUCUCACUCUAUUACAAUAUUCGACCAUCCGAGUUACUCAAUCAAGCAUGGACAAAACGAGAUGCCAAUGUUCGUGCACCUGGUAUAUUAGCAUUAACGAGACGGUUUAAUGCUGUUGCUUGUUGGGUUGCUAAGACUUUGCUGGAUCUCAAGAGUGUCAAGGCACGAGCUAGACGUCUGCACAGACUUAUUGAGAUUGCAACUCAAUUACACGCUCUAAAUAACUUUUCGACGUUGAUGGCAUUCAUUGCUGGUUUGAAUAAGGCUGCUAUUAUGAGACUGAAGUAUACGUUCAAAGAACUAAGUUCCUCGUCUCGUAAAAAACUGGCAGAUUUGGAGAAACUCAUGACUGCAGAAAACUCAUACAAGGCGUAUCGUGCUGCCUUACAUACAGUUAACCCGCCGUGUAUACCUUAUAUAGGUGUUUAUCUGAUCGAUCUAACAUACAUGGAAGACGGAAAUCCAAACAUGGUGGACAACCUAAUCAAUUUCACCAAACGAACCAUGAUAUCAACGGUCAUUCGAGAACUUCAGCAAUACCAGUCAAGUCCCGUGAAUUUCCGAAUAGUUGACGAAUUGGCUAGAUUAUUGAAUGCUUUUCCCGAUGCCACUGAUACGUUUGAAAAGUUGUUGUAUGAGUUGAGUUUGAAGAGGGAGCCUAGAGAUCAGACGCCAAAGUAG